CCUCAUACAAGUCGGUCGUCUCGAAGUUAUUGGUUAUCCUCUCUUCGAUAUCUCAGUGAAACAGUGCAAUAAUCUCACGGACUUUUGUAUUAAUAAUAAUCGAACAUUUAAAGUAUGUUAAUUCUUCUAUUUGACCUCGUCACACCUUGAUUUAAGGAUUCUGUUCCACUUUUGAUAUUAUUUUUGGAUAAAUAACUUGGUGCGGAUAACAAUAACAUGCAAGUAGUGAAUUUUAUUGCAACCUUCGUAUUAUUUACAGUUAUAAAGUGUUCACCAUUUGAUGAUGGAAAAUAUGAUCCUAAGAAAUAUGGUAAUGACGAUGGAAAAUAUUAUAGACCGUUAAAUGAAGGUAAAUACAUACCUGGUGAUGAAGGAAAGUACACUUAUGUUUAUAAGCAAGGCUUGUAUCCAGAUUAUCCUUAUGUUCACGAAGUAGGCCCUAAUGGUGGAGUCGGAGGCUUUGGAGGAAAUGGAGGUUAUGGUGGAAAUGGUCCUAAUGGUCCUGGUGAUCCAAGAGACAACAAUAUAUCUGACAGGCCGGGAAAAAUUGAAUACAUUGGCCGUAAAAUAUAUGCCGAAAGGUAUCCUUAUCUUCAUAAAGUGAUAAAGGCACUAAUAGAUCGAUAUGUUUCAUUUGAUAACCUAUUUGGUGAAACGCCUGAAGGAAGUAUUAAUCAUUAUUUCAAAACAUUUGCUGAUAAGAAAACUGCUAUUAAAUGUAAAUAUUUAAAUACUAAAGGUGACAGUGAGGGAUAUACUUCUGAGCACAAUCCUCAAAUGCUGUCGCGAAAUGGCAAAAAUAUUGGUAAUUUUUAUAGUUUUAGAGGAACAAAAAUCCUUAACAACGUCACCCAAUUCACUAAUUCCAGUAACAAAAAUAAUCUCAAAAUUGAGUACGAAGUAUAUAUACGGAUUGCGGAUGAACCUAUUCAAUUUACCGUGUUGGUGUUUGGUGUUGUUACCAGUAAUGCUCUAGACGAUGGACGAUACCGUCCAGGGAGUUAUGGAGGUGACGACGGUCGAUACCGGCCAAGCAAUGAGGGUCGAUACGCAGAAUCCUACGACAAUAGAUACGACUAUUCCAGUGGAUCAAAUUCUAACAAUAGAUAUCAGAGACCACAAUCUAGUUUCAGUCAAAAUGCUGGUAUUUAUCGGCCAUUAGGAGCAGCGUCUGCUGCAUCUCCUACCUACUACCAACAACAAAGUUCAUACGUCAGGCCUCAACAAACUUCUUAUGUUAGGCCACAACAACGUAAUGAACAGAACGCAAGAAUCCUCAGACAAGACAACGAAAUAGAUGUUAACUCUUACCGAUAUUCUUACCAGACAGAAAAUGGUAUUAACGCUGAAGAGGCUGGUAGGCUCGAAAAUACCGCCACUGGUCCUGGAAUUAGAGCCACAGGAUUCUUCGAAUAUCUCGGCGAUGACGGUGUUACAUACAGAGUCGAUUACACAGCUGACGAAUUUGGUUUUCAUCCCAGUGGCGCCCAUUUACCACAAAUACCUCGAGUCUAAUUAUUAU